GAUUUGUACAGUAAAACCGCCCUAAAACCGCCAGCUAACGCCGUAGUUGCUUCUGCCCAGAUAACCCACUGAAACCGAAUCGGAACUCCGGACUAUCCAUACUAAACCCCCAUCUUCCGCGAUACUCUUGAAUAAUUCAGCCUCGGAUCGCAAUCGCGAUCGCAAUCGCCAUAGCGAUCUGCAGUGGGCUUUACGACCCCCGAAUGUGUCCCAGUUACACACUUAUGUGGGUGGGUGUGUGUGACUGUUCCAUAUCCGUAUAUAGAAUAGAGUCGGCCAACGCAUUAGCGCCGAUUGUGAGUCAGAGGCACGGCUAUAGUGCUGAUUCUGAUUGAUCCGCUCAACCUUUCGCCCUAUCUGGCUAAUUGGAAGUCGUUUUGGUGGGGUUCAGUUGAGCGGAGAAGAAGCUCCUUUCGCCGUCUACUUUCUAUCGUUAUUUCUGGCAACAUUUACCCAAACAUUAACAAAUACACUUAACAACCCAACCUACGGCGUGUUCUUUGAAUGGGGAUGCAAAUUAAUAACCAAUAGCCAGCCAACCAAUUAUGAUGUUAAUAAAAACUCGACCGACUCCGCAAAUGCGAGCGUCUUUAUUGUUUUGGGCGGAAAUAGAAUUCUGAAGGCAAACAUUUUUCAAUGAUGACUGACUGCCUAGUUGAGUGAAAGUUUUCGCGUUUUCGAAACGAUUCUCGUUGGAGAUCUGCCUGCUCUCUCAGCAAUCUAUAUAUUGGUUCUUACGAAUUAGCAUUGCAAAUGCGGAAUUUACAUUAGCUGCGGCUUAAUGCGACUAGGAAUUUUAUAUUUAUGGCUGUUGUGUGGCUUUUUGGCCAAAUAUCCAUAAGUAAUUGGCCAGCUUCGGCACAUUUGAAUUCAGGUUCAAAGCCAUUCGUUAUUCAUUAGGAAAUGGGAAUCGAAAACCUUAUCGCCAGGGAGUUAGUGCUCAUUUCGAUCUCGUCUCGAAGCCGAUAUAUUCUACAUUCCCAGAGAUAAGCCGAAAAAAAUGGACACCAAGAAAACGUUAACCUGGUUUUUCAGCCUGCCAUCGGUGCGAUACGCGCAGAUCUUUAUCGUGAUGGCGGCCGAUCUGCUGACCCUGUCCAAUCUGUAUCCCAAGCACUCGAGCUAUAUUGCGCGUCCAUUCCUACUGUGGCAGGAUAACCAGUAGGAGGACGAACGUAGCCUGGACUCACCUCAGCAAUUCUAACUAAUAUAAAUUUUUUACCGUGCGUGGGAGACGUUUUAUUGCCCCCAAAGAUUUUUGACCAGACACCAACCUUGAGCUUCAAUGCCAAUGCCAGGCCCAUGACGUCACUUGUAUCUGCUUGCCUCUUGCUGGUGCCUUGGUAAACACCUCGUUCUCGUUUUGUUAGCUGCAGCUCAGGACGCCGACUGCCUGUGAGCCUCUUCAAAUGCCCGACCAAAUUAACCCGACUCCUCAUUAAAGGCCGAAAAUUCGAAAGUUUCGACCGUCCUCGUCGUCUGGAAAUAAACGUCAAUUUAAACGAAGCCUCCGAUCGGUAGGAACGCCGCAUUCAGGGUGGGGGGUUCAGUUGGGGGUUUUAAAAAAAUUGAAAAUUCUCAAAAGCCGCUUUUGUUGAUGUGGCCAAAAAAGGUCUACAGCCUUGCCUUGUAUGCAGUCCUACGGCCCGUUUCAUUUUCGUUUUUGGGAGUUGCGUUGCCGCCGUAUUAUCUUGUUUUCGGUUUCAGCUCUCCGAUAUUUUGGCCCGCUGUUUUCUGCUGCCGUUUUUGGUGUGCAUGCGUCAAGGAUGAUUUGUAUUUGUGCACAAGGCGAUGCCAGAGCAUUUCGUAUCUCGAUUUUCUGUACUUAAUUUGUAUUCGAUUUCGACGGUGACCCGGCCCGGGAGCUUCCUGCUUUCGAGCCAGUGUCCAUGUCCGUGUCCGGCUUUUAACACGUACACCUACGACGCGUCGCGGGUUCAGUAAUUAGUCACCGAGAUCAAAGCCCGCCCGCCGCCACCAGGCAGUUCAUUCUCGGAACUAAUGCAACUGUUUGCUUAGCACCAACAAGCACAGCUUGGUUCUUAAAUAAGUCCGUGAAUGUACAUCGUUUGCCUAGACACCCAAGUCUUUAGCAGGGUAAUUAAUGUGAGUUAUAGUGGUAAUACAUUCGAGCCCAAUCAUCGACUUACCUAGUUUUUCCCAUUUGGGUCCGUCUUUCUACGAAACUUCGAGCUGAAACUUCAGGCAAUGUCAAUAACAAACUCGAUAAGUGUUAGUUCGCCCAUAUUUCUAUGUAUCAUGAAUGAUAGGGUACAGAACAAGUAGUGGUGGGUGUUCUCUGCUUGUGCUGAAGAAUUCGCGCUGAUUUACAUUCAUAGAACUUAAGUGAGUAGGAAAUUUGUCUAGUUAAAUGGGUUGAUGAGCGGGUGAGUAGGUUCUACAGUUACCCCGAAUAAAACUCGGACCGUAAGCUGAUUUAUAUCAUUCCAAGCGCAUAUAUCAAGUGCCAGCUGAGUCGAGAAUUGUAUUUGGCCACACAUAUUCCCCCCCAAAUCGUUGUAGGUAGUCAGUUGGUCUCUAUAUCCCACUCCCUGGUGACCUUACGCGAUCGAUUGGAAGUGCGAAGCGCUCUUCGCAACUCGCCGCACAUUCACUUUGGCAUCGUGCAGCUUUAAUUGCCCAUGGGGGUUCAACAGCCAAACAAAAGCCGGGCGAAACUCACAAAAUGGCUUCAAAAUCAAUGUCUGUCAAUGGCUGUGGCGCAAUCGGCCUGAAAGCGCCGUCGAUCGCAGAUUGUUUAACUGUUGACUUAAGCGGCAGUGUUAACAAAUUAUUUGACUUGGUCGCAUUCGAUUUAAGAGCCCAAACAUCGCCACCUGGCAUUGGGGCUCCGCGCCGGAAGUUGGACAGCGGGAAUCAAAUCAAACCAAACCAAUUGAAAUUAAGUCGGAUCAGAUCGGUCGGAACGGUAAAUGGCAUACGACACUUCAUAGAUCGCUGCGGAAGUACUUACCUCUCAAUUGGGUACAUUGUUGCCCCUAGCCGCAAAUCAGCGGCAUUUGACACGCUCGUUUGGCUUAAUUUCGGUUCCUCGGGGCUUAGAGUUCACAAGCUGACCUUUUUGGGGGAUAUCAGGUGUCGCCGGGCCACAAAGCAGGUGCAACUCGACGCCCUGGGAAUCAGGUAAGCGGCCACUCUGGGAAGCUGGAAGAUCCCCAAACGUAUUUCGUAGCUCUGCUUUUUUUGGGUUCGGGAUGGCUUUCAAUGAAGUCAUUAAGUUGAUGUAUUGGCCGAUAGUUUCGGCCUGGUUCGCUCUGUUUGGGGCGCUUUCAUCUGCGAGCCAAUUACGAAAUUCUAAGAAUCGGAUCGCCCCCAAGACGUGGGCCGUUCAUCAUGAUAUCAUUGGCAUCGGUUGGAGCGACACUGCUACAUGCACAUAAAUUAGAUGUAAAACAGGACAGUAAAAACCGAAUCGAUUAUGGCCGAAAUGUUAAUGGGACGCAAUUUGGUCUAUGACUUGUCGUCAUCAUCAUCAUUGCCUUAUCACGUACCGAGCGGCCCCAUCUGAAGUGGACUACAGUGGAGUGUCGUAUUCAAAGCGAAGAUUUGUAACGCUUUCAUAACGCUUCCAUAAGUCCAGUGCCCCCAUCCAACCCCACCACCCACCCCCCAGUUGACCAAUGACAGGGGCACAAAACAUUGUCCAAGUGUUGAAAGCGCACUUUGUAUGCCGGUCGACGAGUAAGCGACUUCGAUUCGCGGUCAACAACAUUGUGAUCCAGGGAAUGGAACCGAACCGAACCGAAUCGAACUGCAUAUCAAUGAACUCCGGGCCAGUACUCCACUACAAUCGAAUCCACUCUGCUGGCCCCAUCGAAAUCGAAUCUAACGCGGAUCAAUUAACCGAUCUGCGAACUGAAAUUAGCAUAAAUUACGAUUUCAGCUACCGCUAGCUGGCCGGACGGGACGAUCGGCAUUAAUUACCCCGGGAAAGUGAAACCAUCCGGGGGUCUUAUGCAAGGCGGAAGAUGGCGCAUGCACCGUUGGUUAUGACAUGCACUACAGACCCAAAGAAGGCACCUCUGGAUUUGGCUAAAAACAGACAGCCAGGCUGCCAGCCAACAUCGCGUGCAAGUUCGCCCUUUUCCCACUCAACGAGACACUCGAUUUCCUUGACUCCAGGCCGUAUUUAUUUUUUUUUGUUUCUGGCUCUGAGAUGAGCGGCUGACCUUUGCCACCGCGCUUGAUUCGUUGCCGGAAACUUUUGACGCUGCCUCCUUUAUUGAUUUCCCAGGGAAAGCUUCGUGUUUCGUGGAUUCUCCGGCCAAUAAUUGCGCACAAUUGUUGGCGAAUUCAGCGAUAACAAGCGAAGAAUUCGACAGUCAGACGGUUGACUUCGGAGUGCUGAGGAGGAAGGAGUGGCGCCAGGAGGAGUUCCGAAAUUGAGAACAUUCCUAGCAGGCGUGAGAAUUAAAGAUGCAUUUUUAGCUGUUAGAGUUU